AUAUUUUUUUUAAAUUAAAGUUUUUCACAUUCAUCUUAACUGAGGGGGCGGGACCGUCUGCGUGAGGGGGCGUGACCACAUCGUGGCGCCGCCCUGAUUCACAGUCACAGCGUGCAUUACCUCUUACACUCUGUCCAGAGGCACUUCUCAGCCUGUCCAGCAGAAGGCAGUAACUUAUUCGGAAAUAAACGAAGAACGAGUCACAAAGUCUCUUAAUACCCUACAUUAGUGCACUACAUAGGGCAGGAAGCAAUAGUAAUCAAACCCUUUGUAAAGUGCUAUAUAAUCCGUAUGACGUCACUGAUGAUUGAUCCUAAUGCUUGGUCCCAAAAUCGCAGCAGUUCGGCACAGUUGCAUCACAGUAUUCAUACUACAUUAGCACACUUGGUAGUGCUGAAGUAUGGGAUUUGGACGUAGCCUAAAGCGACCCAGAAGCUGUUCAUGAUAUGUUUUUAUAGCGUGUAGUCUAGUCUAGUCUAGGAGAUAAAGAUGGUGGACUCCCAUUUCCACGUUCAGCUGACAGCAGUGCUGGAUGUUCUCAUGAAAACGGCGGUGUCAGACAUCUGUGCGCUGGCGGAGAGCUGGUUUAAAUCCCUGCACAUGGAAAUAGCGAGGAGCAAAAAGGAGAACGAAGAUCUGAGACAAAAGCUGCAGAGUAUGGAACAGCAAAAACACCGAGAUGCAGCUGACACAGAGCUGGAGAGUAAAGCGACCAAAGAGGAGAAAGAGGACACUGGCAGUGAAGUGAGAGAUACAGACGAUUCUGGCUGCACAGUGUUUGCAGGAACCUCUGCAGAAGAUCUAGCUGCCAGUGCACAACUAUGGCUUUCUUCUUCUGAGGAAGACUCUAAGAAAAGAAAUGGUUCAGUGACUGAAUCUGCACCAGCCAAAAGAGCACACUCGAGAUGGAACCAUACACCAGUAGGCACAAAAGCAGAAAUGACUGACCGAUCUGUUAGGGAAAUAGUAGAACAAAAGCUAGAUGAAAUAAACAGUCGACAUUAUGCGUUCAGUAGUGAACUCGAUACUGAAUCAGAGAAGUCUGAACCUGCUCUCCAAACCUCAGAGCGUAUCAUGGAGGUUGGCUCACACUGUGAAAAUGAGAGUGAAGAGUGUGUGGUGCUGGAUGAAGUGUGCAAGACUGAGAGUCCUCAACACUUAAGAGAAGUAGAGCAGCAGUUUGACGUCUUCUGCUUAUGGACACCUGACCUAGAGCCGAAUUCCACACAUCUGCUUAGGGAAAAUCAGCCAACUUUCACAAACUCAGACUGCAGAAUGACUUUAAAUUUGCGCAAAGAUUUCAGUUUAGCAGUGGCAGGCAAAAAUGCAAAACAUCUGGAUUUUUCUAGAAAAACCUCGGUUUCUCUACCGUGUGAGAAAGGGAGCACAUUUACUUGUAAUAUCUGUGGGAAAAAUCUUUCAACAAAACAUUCACUUGCUUCCCACUACAGACUGCACACUGGAGAGAAGCUGUUCAUGUGUGCUCAGUGUGGAAAGAGUUUUGCCAAGAAAUUUAACCUAGCUAUCCACUACAACAUCCACACGGGUGCAAAACCCUAUAUGUGCACACUCUGCUCAAAGUCAUUCGCUGAUCCGAGUACUUUUAGACGACACAAGUGGAUACACACGCGCAGAUCACAACAAAACGCCUGUAACACUAAAUACAAAUUUAGUUGUAACACAUGUGGGAAAUGUUUUCGGUCAAAACCAUCACUUGCUGCACAUUCUCGAAUGCACACUGCAGAGAAGCGACACGGUGUACAAAAGGUUUCGUUCUAAUGUUCUAAGAGACUUUUUAAAAGCAAAAAAAAUAUGUUUAUUAACUUAACAUGUGAAACACAAGUAUGAGUUCAUAUUGUAAAAGUACACAACCUGCUUGUUCAUAAGUCCCUGCUCUAAUUAUGUUGGUUUGACAAAGCCAACAUUUUGUUUUGCUUAUUGUUGUUAUUAUUAUUAUUAUUAUUAUUAUUAUUAUUACGAGACCCAUCAUUUCUAAAUGCUACUCCUCUUAGAGCGUUCAAGCUACAUGCACCAAACUCGCUACAGACCUUCAGUCUGACUUAAUAGGACACACUCUCUCUCUCUCCCCAUAUUUCAUUCUGUCAGUCUACCUGUAUCAUUCUCACUCCUUCUGUCUUUCUACUAACACUCUCUUUUCCAAUCUAUCUACUUGUCACUCUCUCACGCCAUCUGACUUUCUACUUGUCACACUCUUUGUCAUCUACCUUUCUACCAGUAACUGUCUGCUAGCCUUUCUUUCUUCCUGUCUUUCAACUUCAAAGUAUCUUCAAGCUUAUGAACCAUUUUGAUGGUUCAUAAGCCAACAAGCCAACAUCAAAAUUUGUCAUGACGAACUUUACCGAUGUAGUUGUACAGAUUGCUGUUGACUCUGCAUUUGUUUAUUUUAUAAGCAUUUUAUUUUCUAAAAGCAUUUUUUGAGUUUUCUUUACAUGUAUCAACAUGUUGAUAUAUAAACUUGGAAGUCACUGAUGCAGGAAUAUUGGACAUGAGCUACUCUUUAAUGUCCAAUAAUCCAAUACAAAUAAUUAUAUAUUUAAUUAACUGUAGAUUCAUAUGUGUAUGUUUUUUUUUUUUUUAAAUACAGUCUGAUAUAGCUAUGAUAAUAAAAAUUUUAUGCAGCUCAUAUCUGUGAAUGAGGGUUAAGGUUAUCUUAAUGUGUAGUGAUGAAAAGGUAAUUUAUUUAGUACCAUUUCUUCUGAAUGAGACCGCUCUUCCUUCUCAGUACUCACUUCUUCUGUCCAUCCCAUUUUGCCUAUUUUUACUGAGUCACUAUUGACUCACAACUAGUUGAACAGUCACCUUGCCCUUAUUUGGAGUUUGCGCAUGUUUUU